GGGGGGCUCUCUACUGGCAGUCAGUUCUGCCCUCGUUGCAGUACUAGGGGACCCUGAUGGAAGCAUUUAUUAUUCCCAGGUAUUGCCAGUGUCCUAUGAACAGUUUCCCCACCCCAGAGGUGGCCGCAUCUCACCGCCUGGCCAAGGGGUCCCUGUAUUACCAGUUCUUGUGCCCCACCGCAGAGGGGCUGCAUCCUAGCACCAGGCAAGGGGUCCCUGGAUACCCACUGACCAGAAAUCAUGUUGGGUAUUUAUCAUGGCAGAUGCUUCCCUUUGAGCCAGUCCCAUUGGGUAGUUGGGAAUUUAGCUUCCAUCCCCACAGACACCUGGUUCCCUACUGGAGUUUGGGAGUCCCUGACAGAGAGUCCUGGGCUCUGGGCUCGGUCUGGUUUCACACCCCUAAAUGCCCGACUGGUCGUCCCCUGCCAUGCAUGUGAGAAAUGGGGGUGCCCCAGGGGUGCUAGGCAUGAAACCCUCGCUCCCUGCUGCAGGUGUACAACAUGAGUGGGGCGCGGCUGGCCCUGACUCUCUGCGUGCUGAAACGUCGGCCGGGUGCGGAGAAGGACAUCGAGGCACUGAACAAGAUGUAUACGACUUUUGGAUUUCAAAACACACUGGUCAAAGACCCGACUGCAUCACAAUUCCGGACUGAGCUGGUGAGCUUCCGAGAGCGGAUAGACCAAAUCCGAGGCCCGGUCAGCUGCAGCUUCGUGGUCAUCAUGGCGCAUGGGGACAGCGGAGUUGUCAUCGCAGCCGAUGGACAGGACGUGAAGCUGGAGGAGCUGUUCGCAGAGAUGACCAACGAGACCUGCCGAGCGCUGCAGGGCAAACCCAAAGUCUUCAUCAUCCAGGCCUGCCGAGGGGGAAGAGGAGACCCAGGUGUGCUUCAAUGUGAUAGGCUUGGAGCUGACUCGGACAACCAGCUCCGUCGCAGGCGGAUUCCUACACACACCGACUGCCUCUUCGUCUUUUCAUCCAAAAAUGGUUAUUGCUCAAUUAGAAGUGAAACCACAGGCUCUUGGCUGAUUCAGACCAUGGUGGAUGUCUUCACCACAUACCCCUGCUUGGAGAUCAUAGAGCUAUUCACCAAGGUAAAUAACAAGAUUGCUGAGAGAGAGUUCAUGAUGGAGGAGAAAGAAAAUGAACGCGAAAUCCGAAAAACUCACCCGGAAAUAAAGACCACUCUGAUAAAAAAGCUCUAUUUGAAGUAGGACCAAAGAAGUGUCUUAGCACCUGGAAAACCUAUA